UAAACUUUGGGCCUAAUUUGUAAAAAUUCAAUUAGUUUGGGCUCUCUCAGACAUAUUGGUAGAUCACCGGCGUUAUCUCUCUAAUCGGCGACUCGGCGGAACCGUGGCCAGAGCUUCACACUCCCUCGCCUGCUCUCUCUCUCUCUCUCACACACACAUCAAUGGUGUCUUCUACUUCUCUCCUUCCUUCGACCACUUUGCUCACCAACUGGGCGAAUCAGUUAACUUCUCAGUCGCGUACUUCCUCGAGAGAUUCGACAUGGCAGUGUGUUUGUUUCCGUAGUCAGAAACGCAAACCUAAGCUCUACUUGAUUCCCGCCCGCCAUUUUUCAUCAACUCCACUUGAUUCAGCUUCCUCCUCAGAAACUGCUUCGACGAAGCUGAAGACUCGUGCUACUUCCGGCGUCUCUGAAGUUCAAAGGUCUACUCAUAGCAACAAUGUUAAUGCGAUGAAAGAAUUUGAGAUGGAGUUGCAAGAGUUGUUCAACGAAGUCAAAGCUAUGGUAAAGACUGGGAAGGAAAGAGACGCAAUGGACCUUCUUCGAGCUAAUUAUGUUGCUGUGAGAGAAGAGAUUGAUUCGGGUUUGAAAGGUGUCGAGCAAGCUGCCGUGCUCGACAUCAUUGCCUUAGGUUAUAUGGCUGUUGGUGACUUGAAACCUGUCCCUGCAUUGCUUGAUAUGAUAAACAAGAUUGUCGAUAAGUUAAAGGACUCUGAACCUCUUUUGGAUUCAGUACUUAUGCAUGUUGGAAGUAUGUAUUCGGCGUUAGGGAUGUUCGAAAACGCUGUACUCGCGCAUCAAAGGGCUGUUAGUAUAUUAGAGAACAGAUACGGUGAAUGCAAUACUCUACUUGUCACACCAUUACUUGGGUUGGCUAAGAGUUUUGGUUCAUAUGGAAAAGCCACUAAAGCUACUGGCGUUUACGAGCGUGCAGUGGCUAUCUUGGAACGUAAUAGAGGCUCUGAGAGUGAGGAUCUAGUGGUGCCUUUAUUCUCACUCGGUAAGCUUUUGCUGAAAGAAGGUAAAGCUGAUGAGGCAGAGAUUCCUUUUACCAGGAUUUUAAAUAUAUACAAGAAGACGUACGGAGAGAAAGAUGGAAGAGUUGGUAUGGCCAUGUGUUCCCUUGCUAAUGCAAAAUGCACAAAAGGAGAUGCAGAUGAAGCGGUAGAUCUCUACAAGAACGCUCUACAAAUCAUCAAAGAUUCAAACUAUAUGGCCAUAGACAACGCUAUCUUAGAAAACAUGAGGAUAGAUCUUGCUGAGCUGCUUCAUUUUGUUGGAAGGGGAAACGAAGGACGAGAGCUACUAGAAGAGUGCAUAUUAAUAAACGAGAGAUACAGAGGGAAGAACCAUCCAAGCAUGGCUACACAUCUUAUAAACCUCGCAGCGUCUUAUUCACGCUCCAAGAAUUACGUGGAGGCAGAGCGAUUGCUGAGAACUUGUUUGGAGAUCAUGGAGAAAUCGGUUGGUUCAGAGGAUCAGUCCAUAACUUUCCCAAUGCUGAAUCUUGCAGUCACUCUUUCUCAGCUGAACCGUGAUGAAGAAGCCGAGGAAACAGCCUUAAAGGUUCUACGAAUCCGUGAGAGCGCAUUUGGGAAAGACUCUCUCCCUGUUGGUGAGGCACUUGACUGUUUGGUGUCGAUCCAGGCGAGAUUAGGAAGAGACGAUGGAGAAGUACUGGGUUUGCUGAAAAGGGUGUUGAUGAUCCAAGAGAAAGAGUUUGGUUCUUCAGCUGAAGAACUCAUUAUUACUCUCCAGAAGAUUAUGCAUUUCUUGGAGAAACUGGAGAUGAAAGAUGAGAAAUUCAAGUUUAGGAGAAGGCUAGCUUUGCUUAGAGAGAGAUACAAGGAGAGUACUCUUUAGCUUCAAAGAGCGUAUUUUUCUUAAUCUCUGUAUGUAGCUAAGAUUGAAAUGAUUUAUAUCAUCUUUUUGAAAUUUUGUAUAACUUAACGUUAGGUUGAAAAGACCCUUAUGCCCACAAAAUCCAAAAAGGCCAGGUGUGAGGGAUUAAAUUAUAAAUUAAUGAAUAAUUAAAUCUUAAUCCCAAUCUUAAUUCACGCAAAUACUGUGUUUGUCUUUCUCUCUAGCUGCGUCUUGUGGCAGAUCUCUCGUCUCGGGGAAGAAGAAGAAGAUGAGCAGUGAAACGGUGUCGUCGAGGACGAAGAAGAUGAAGAAGGAAGCUUUGGGGUGGAUAGAAUGGAUCAGAGGAUGGGCUCUCAUUAUCUACGAGUUUCUCUUCCAGAGAUUCAUGUCUUCUCAUUUGCAGAAUCCACUUCCUCUUCCUCCUCUCAAUCACUUAACCUGCAUUGUCACUGGCUCCACCAGCGGCAUCGGUAGCGAAACCGCUAGGCAACUUGCAGAAGCUGGUGCUCGUGUUGUAAUGGCGGUGAGGAACACAAAGGCAGCUCAUGAGCUGAUUCAACAAUGGCAGAAAGAUUGGUGUGGCAAAGGCCUCCCGCUUAAUAUCGAGGCGAUGGAACUUGAUCUUCUCUCACUGGAUUCAGUUGUCAGAUUUAGCAAUGCUUGGAACGCUAAGUCAGUUCCUUUGCAUGUUCUGAUUAACAAUGCCGGCAUAUUUGCCAUGAGAGAGGAACAGAAGUUCUCAAAGGACGGAUAUGAACAGCACAUGCAAGUCAACCAUUUAGCUCCUGCGUUGCUUUCGCUACUCCUUUUGCCCUCGCUUAACCGAGGCUCCCCAAGCCGAAUCAUUAAUGUGAACUCUGCUAUGCACUACGUGGGUUUUGUUGACCCGGAGGACAUGAAUGUGGUAUCUGGUAGACGAAAGUAUACAAGCCUUGUAGGAUAUUCAGGGAGCAAGCUUGCACAGGUUAUGUUUAACAAUGUUCUUUACAAAAGACUGCCUCUUGAAACUCGCAUUAGCGUUGUUUGUGUAUCCCCCGGGAUGGUUCUAACAAAUGUUGCGAGGGACCUACCGAGGUCUGUUCAAGUACAGUACGCGAUGAUACCUUAUUUCCUCUUUUCGCCUCAAGAAGGUUGUAGAAGCUCACUUUUCUCAGCGACAGACGCUCAGAUUCCAGAGCAUUGUGAAAAGCUAAAAGCCGGUGAUAACCCCAUUUGUACAUACAUAUCUCAUGAUUGCAAACCCACAAAGCCUUCAGAAGAAGCUCACAACGUGGAAACAGCGAACAGAGUUUGGGAAAAGACGAUAGAGAUGAUAGGUCUUCCUCUUGAUGCAUUGGAGAGACUUCUAGAAGGAGAAGAGGUGCAAUGUCGUUAUGGGACUCAUCACGAAUAAGUUAAUGAAGGACAAAACGGCAUUUUUUUGUGUAGCAAGAAGCUUUGUUGUUGUUGAAAAGUCGUCUUGUUCCCUUAUUCUUGUUGUGGUAUUUGAUGUUUUUGUAUGAUAAAUAAAUUUUAUUUUUGAUUUUUAAAAAACUUUUUUUUUGUUUUGAAUCUUGAUAGUAAAUCUUAGAAAUUA